AUGGAAAUUUCGGUCGUUUUACUAUUUUUAUUCACGAUCGUUUACGCUGUGGAAGUGAGUGAGAUUCUACCGAUCAAGACAAACACUGCGGGACAUUAUGAAGAUCAAGUCGCUAAAAUAGUCAAGUGGCGUCAGCCUGUGUGUGUUAUUUAUGGUGAAAAUGUUCUCGCUUCGAUGUCCAAUCGUACAUCAAAAUUGAAUCAUGAAUCGGUGGAGUCGAAUGGAAAAGAGACAUUUCAAACUGUGGAGAAUACUCAAUCAUCUGUCCGAUUGAUAGGUCCGGAGGUCUUCGAGAGUCUCGCCAUCCGGGCUGACAGCUGGGCAGAUGCCAUUAAUGUUGGAAAGACCAGAGUUCGCACACUAUUGAUAGAAGACAGAGUACAUAUCUUGGAACGAGAGGACGAUGCACUUUUUUGGGGUAAACGAGAAGGGGAGAAUCUUGUGAUAACGCCUAAAAAUCCUCAGUCAAAUGAAAACAAAGAUUUCGUCGUUCAGGAAACGGAAAUAGUGGAUUCCCCCGUGGUUGCCACCAUUUUCACGGACUUGUCUUAUCUUGGCCCGGAGUAUCCAAUUUGUGAAAAUUACGAGGAAGCCAAGACGGGCCCAACUCAGGCAAACCCUAUAUAUAAGGCCCGAGCAGCUCAAAUUACGCGAAGCCAGAAUUUGCUGGAACUAUUGGGAGUAGGACUGGAGAAAAAACCAUCUCCUCUUCACGCGCAAUUGCUAAAACGAAGUAUCGCUGAACCUGGAAUGAGCGAUGCACUUCCGGCAAAUGUAACUGAACAGAUCGCGAAAAAUGAUAAAGUACAGGAAGCCAUUGCCACGACUACAACUGAGUCAUCACUAUUUCCACCACAAGUACCUGAUGGCAAAAAGAAUUCUUCUCCGCCGCGUGUGGUUCAAGAAAAUUCGUCUCAAGCUCCAGGUUCCACGAAAUUGGGACCCUCGCCCUAUGAUGUAAUUAAAUCAUUGGGUUGUGAUCAAGUUCGUUGCAAGAAAACGAGUGAAACCCGAGAUGGUAAUGGGCAAGUAACUUCGACACAAUUUUUCUACGUCAAUCAGGCUUCGACUCCAGGCCAGACCUUCAGCAAGAUGGAAGUCCAUCAGACAUUUUUCGACGGUGUUCACGUUGAUGAGCACGGAAAUCAUGGAAGAGACCAAGAUGUCCUGAAUACCCAGCAGCUGCAAACCUCUUAUACAGAGAAGAAUGACUUCGCUGAGAAAACCAUUCAGAACGAAGAAAUUCUUGUAGAAGCCACGCCCCUGUUUAACGUUUUGCCCGCCUGGGAUACUCCUUCGAACUACCCCUGGCCACCUUUCUACCAACGAUUGAGGAAGCGGUCGCUUUCUCCGGUAUUUGAGUACUUCUUCAAGCGUAAUGAUAGCUAUAACCAGAUCAUUCCAACCAUCGUCGUAUACCCAUGGACUGAAGCCACUUCGACACCAAAUAUUUUCUCAACCGAAGAUUCUUCAACACCGGAAAUUUCGUCAACCGAAGCUCCUUCAACAUCAGAGAUUGACUCGACUGUAGGCACCACAACGCUUCAUGAUUUACCAACUGAAGCUCCUUCAACAUCAGAAACUGAUAAAACUGAAAGUACCACAACGCUUCAAGAUUUAUCAACUGAAGCUCCUUCAACAUCAGAAACUGAUAGAACUGAAAGUACCACAACGCUUCAAGAUCCAUCAACCGAAGCUUCUUCAACAUCAGAAACUGAUUCAACUGAAGGUACCACAACGCUUCAAGAUUUAUCAACUGAGGCUUCUUCAACAUCAGAAACUGAUACAACUGAAAGUACCACAACGCUUCAUGAUCCAUCAACCGAAGCUUCUUCAACAUCAGAAACUGACUCAACUGAUGAUACCACAACGCUUCAAGAUUCAUCAACCGAAGCUUCUGCAACAUCAGAAAUUUCAUCACCUCCAUCUCCCUCAUCACCCAAAAAGAACUCACGCAUAACUCGUUCAACAGGAGCUCCAUCAACCGAAGUUUCUGCAAAAUCAGAAAUUUCAUCACCUCAAUCUCCCUCAUCAGGGAGAUUGAUCCCUUCAGAAGACGAAUUCUCUACGACAGAAGCUACGACAACCGAUGCUGUCACAUCAGAAUUGCCAAGCGAACAAACUACACCAGUUGAAACUCCCGCCCAAAACGGUGUGACCACUUCUGGAGAAACCGAAAAAGUCGAAGGUUCUGGGAAUGCGCCCAAUUCUCAAACAUCUCAGGCAUUAGUUCCAGUUCUCGACGACGACCGAGAAGAAGCAUCUGAAGUUAUUGCUGAAGUUAUCAGCGCUUAUGAAGCUGAUGGAUCGCCAAAUGCGGCAGAGAGGCUGCAAGAAAUCUUAGAUGCAACGAUCGACAUCACUGGAGAUGUAGAACAAUCCGAUGAAUUUGAACGUAAAUAAAUAAAAUAGAUAUUAUGACUGAUGUAAUCAAGGACAUCAAGAAAAUGUAUUAGAAAAAAUACUUAGGAUUCCUUACCAAAAUUCAUUAAACAAAUAAAUUGCGGCGUAAAAAUGAUAAUUAUAUCGUCAGAUUAAUUGUUUCUUAAUAUUCAAACAUUUCAUCAAUCCAUUCUUGAAAUAUUCCUAGGUCACAAACUAUUUCUUUGAGUUAAAAAAUGU